AUGGCGCGUUCAGUCGCAGCUUCAUUUCUCGCCUUGUUGGGCCUCUGGACGCUGGGCAGUUUGCCUUCCUUUUGCGGUUCCGUGCGCAACGUGAACCGUGGAGAUUUGGCCUGCAAUGGUUGGCGCCUUGACAAAAUGGAGGUGGGCCCUGGUGGCAUUGGGCAACUGGUGGUUGCAGAGGGUUUCUUCAUCGGCGAGAAGGACAUGUACAAGGUCCUGAACAAGCAAGGUCGGCGCUACCGACUGCGACCCUCUGCACAAGACCGCAAGGAUGGAAAAUCAGUGCCAGGGAUCUUCCAACUUGGACCUUUCAAAAUCCACCUUGAGCAAUGCUUCCGUGGUUCCGGUGGUGAUGUGGACCUUCAACGUCCUGAGGGCUACUCUGGCAACGGGGGCAUGGCUGGCUGGGCUGAAGAUUUGCCAGUGAAGAAACUCGGCUACGGAAGGUGA